GACUCGGCAGCGCCACCACGAGCCACAGCAAGAAAGGGACGUUUUGAUUUGGGGUAUGUCAGGGCAUGUCUAUAGUUUCAAAUGAACUGAAAUAUUCUCAAACAUUUUCUGAUCACUGCAUAGAUUAUAUUUGCUUAACAUAACACGGGUAUCUCAUCAUAUCCCGACCCUUUCAUUUGAAAAUACACUGUAUGCAAAUUCAGUAUUUUUGAUAGAGUAAAUACAUUCAAGUGUUUUAACACGCUUGAAAAUCUUUUCAACAUGACAUGAAAGGGGUUGUGAUAAUGUAAACCGAUUGGAAACAACAUACCGCUGGAAUUUUCCAUCUUUCCUCAAAUCUUCGUUCGGCUAGAUUAACGUUUGUGAGACCUCACAAAUGCACGUGACUUCAUUCGUAUACCAUGGUUAAGUGUAAUUUAAUACUCCGGGUUUUAACCAUAAACAAGGAUAUGCCGUUCAUUUAGACGCAGUCCAAAUAUAGGCUGUGUAAAUCCAGGUACAUAAAUCCUCUCGUGCUUUGUAUCCUAAUAAAUUGAUACGUUUUAAAAUUCCUACCCUGGCAACUAACGUGACUGAUGUUCAGGGAGAUUACAAACUCGGCUGUAGACUACGAUUUUCAGAUAUCGUCUCACUUGCAAACCAUAGAAGGCGCCUUGUUUACGAGGGUAAUCCCGUGGCACGUUUUACGCCGGAACGCCCGUGCAAUGCCAGGAUCAAAAACAGAGCCGCAACAAAAACUGAGAAGAAACCGAGGAGGCAGAAGCAAAAGAGGGACCAGCUGCUGUCUCCUUGCAGUCGUCAUGUCCGUCUCCCAGAUCACCCCCACCCUGUUCCUGAGCAGUGCCGAUGCUGCCCAGAACCAGGCCUUGGUCUCCCGCAAGGGCAUUACUCUCAUCGUCAACGCCACCCUGACGCAGCUCAGCCCCAGCUACCGGGGCGUGCAAUGCCUGCGCGUGCCCGUCUCCGACCUCCCUCACGCCCCCCUCGGCGACCAUUUCGAGAGGGUGGCGAAGCGUAUCCAUAACAACCGGACGGGCAGCACGCUGGUGCACUGCGCGGCGGGGAUGAGCCGCUCGCCCUCCCUGGUCAUGGCCUACCUCAUGCGCUACAAGGGCACCACUCUGCGCGAGGCUCACCGCUGGGUCCAGGAGAGCCGGCCCUGCAUCCGCCCCAACUCCGGCUUCUGGCAACAGCUGCUGCGGUACGAGAAAACGCUCUACGGCAAAAACACUGUGACGGUGGCUCCGUCCCUGGAGCUGAACUCUGGCGAUCCGCCCAUCAAUUUCUCCCUCUACCGGUCUCCGCGUAGGGCUAAAUACUCUAUGUACCGAUGAUGGAGCCCUGAUUCUACUUCCUGCUCUGGUCGUGAAGCCGCCGUUCGACUUCUGUGAAAUGUACUGAAUGAAUUACGCACCGCUGCUUCAGAGGAACAGCAUCAUCUUGUUUUCGAGGGGUCCAAAAACACAGAUACACAUACAGUAAAACUGUUCUGUCCUGCAUUGGAGCUGAACUCAGCAUUCUACUUCCUGUGUUGGUUCUGAAAUGGCCAAGGUACUUUCGUUCCUUCAGUGUACUUCAUGUGUUCUGGGCUGAGCUGAACCUGUGACCUGAACCUGUGACCUGAACCUGGGAGCUGAACCUGGGAGUGGACCUGCAGUCCUGGAGGCAGCAGCUGCUUUCCAGGUGUCACCGUGGGAAGGAAAGUACCUUAUCCUCUUGAAACCCCAGUUCCUGUACUGGUGCUGAAGCUUGUGUUCUACUUGCUCUAUUGGUGAUGAAGUAUUGGGACACAGUUUUGAGUAUUGGGACGCACCACCUGGUGAAAAAAUCCCAUUGUCUACUCCCUAUGCUGGUUAAUAAAAUAGGGCUAUAUACAGACUGAUAUUCAUCCACCUACUUGUGCCAAACCCAAAGUAAACUAGCCAAGCACAAAGGGACUUAUCACCAGCAUCAUCUGUGAAUAUCUUAUUAUACAUAUAUUAUUAUAACAUUAUUUUAUCAGCAUUUUACUGGUGAGGAAACUGUUAUCCUGCUUCCUAAACAAGCAAUGAAACCCUUAGUUUACUUCCUGUAUUGUGGUGGUAAAGUCCCAACUGUCUUUUGACACUUGAAAGUGUCUUUCUGAAUUUUUUUUUGGUCAGCGUUGCUGUGUCUGAGUAUCCCAGUUGAAGUAUCUCAGGAGAUCCAUCAAAAGAAGGGGCCAGCCGUGUAGAAUGAAGGAUAAGUUCUGUAUAUAAACAGACACAUAACUGAUACACAUAAAUGGGUUGAAUUGUCCCAGUUAUCUAAAGCCGGCAGUACACCAAGUUAACAGACUUUCAAUGUGUUGGAAGAAGUUAGCAUCUUGGUUUUCUGGAUAAACAUUUGACAUCUUCUAGUGCAAUGAGGACAGAAUCUUUCACUGGGCAUGUGUGAGCAGAGGGGAAAUGACAAGGUUUCCCGUUUAAUUUCUAAAUUGUAGACGACAACCACAUACUAGCAUACUACUCAGACUAAAUUGAGGAUUUUCUGUAGUAUGAGUAGUAUGCUAAGUAUACUACUCACAGCCAAGGUUUUUCUUCUGCUAACAGUCCAGCAGUGGAUUGGAAUGUUUUUUGUAAGUUAUGCUAUGUUGUUUAACAGGAGACUUUCCUGGUUUUAGCUCUGUUCCUCUGAAGCAGUGGUGCCCAAUCAUGUACCAAGGAGGGCAGAGAGGUUUUCAUUCCGACCAAUCGCUGCAUCUACCCAUUUCGACAACUUUAAUCAGAGAGAGGAACUAAUCUGUGUAAUCAGCAGGUGUAGUGAUUGGUUGGGGUGAAGACCUAUAUAAUCUGAGCCCGCAAUGGCACAUGAUUGGGAACCCCUGUUCAAAAGCAAUAUUCAUCCAAACAUUUCACUUUUUUUGUGUGGAUUACUGUAGUGGUGUGUGUUCUUUGGUGUAUUCUAUAAUUAGUGUGUAGGGAUCAGGUUAACUGAAUAUUAAUUGGGUGAAUAAAUUCAUUCAGUGUGUUGACUGCCCAGUUGGUUCACCCUCAAAAUACGCAUCUCUGAAUGUUGUGUCUGUGUCUAUGUAAACAUGUUUGAAUAAAAUUAUACACCGUAUUUGCAAGAGACAACAUAUGUGUUUCACUGCCGGGUAUCGUGUAGCGCUUGCUGUUACUCUUGGUCUCCUCACAUAAAGGGGGAAAAUAAAGUAUUUACGCACUUGUG